GCACACGGUCCGCCUCCAAAAGUGCUGCUUGAGCACCAACCACUGACCAUGGCCGGAUUCAACAAAUCAUAGCCAUAGAAUUCUCCGUCAAACAUCCUGCCUGCUCAGUCUAGUCAGGCCCAUCAUAUACCCGCAACCUAGCAGCCAGCAGAGAAGCUUGAGCCAGUGCUGACCCCUGAUUCCAUAGUGACUGCUGGGAGGCGUGUGACGUUGAAAGUUGUCGCCGUUGCGCUGAAUCACCCAACAAGACAGCAGAGGUCUUUCCUAUCAUCGACACCUCCAGCUCUCUUCAUUCAUUGAUUUGCCUCGAGGGAAUGAAUCAUGUAGACGGUAUCGACCCGUACUUUACGUACGUCACCGACAAGGUUGGCGACGAACUCGUCCUGCUCGACGGCGAUGCACUCCUCUUGCGCGCGUUACAAUCUCCGUACCAUGGCGGCCAAAUGCUCUCCUUUGCCGCUGUUGUUGAAAAGGAGCUGAUUGAGCUCAAAGCACUCAAUAUCGAGAUUGCCUUCUUCCAAGACCGAGCCUGGUUCUUUACACAAAAUCAAGCUGCUUUACAAUUGCUGCGAUCCAGCUUGUACCUGCAUCUCAACGACAAUACAGACUACAAGGUGUAUGACUUUCCAUCGCUCGAGUCGCCUGCAUUCGAAGAAUACGUCGACAUCAAUCGACCCUACAUGGUGCUCACGUCUGACGGCGGCCCUAAUGACCGUUCCGAGACGCCUAAUACGGACCGCAUGGCGUUCGCACAAGGCUUCAUCCAACAAAUCCUCAGUGCUGGUAUGGACGUCAUUCUCAUCGACUACAUUGAGCAUCGCGAAUUCAAAAUGUACGCACACGCCAUCUUGCGCGAAAAGACCAUCACGGGCCACAACAUCGUCUCGGAAAUAUCCCUCCCAAAAAUCGAGCGACUCUCUAUUGCAGAGAUUCCAACAGACUAUACUUGCAAUGAUGCACGACGCUGCUUCACGAUUCGGGCCUUACGCGCGCUCUCAUCCCCGUCACCGCAUCUCGUGCAAGCGACACUCCGUGCUCUUGUCAUUUUGGAGAACCUCGACCUUGCUCAACGACCACAACCGCCAUCCACCGUAUUGAGUGACCCCGAAGUCUCACAAUUCCUGGAUGCAUUCUAUGGAAAUGCUGCUGCGGCUAUGAAGGACACAUCUCUCGAUAAUGCCUUCAUUGCAGAUUUCUUUGAUGCGCGCAUGUUUGCACGUGUCUUGGUGAGCGGUGACGCUGUAUUGCCUGCAGAACUCCAAGCAGACGUCGAGGGUUUGCUGAAAGACGUGUUUGGCAGUGUCCCAACCAUCAAGUCACCAGAUUACACACAGCACGCUGUUGCGUCGAUUGAAGAAGCACCUGCAUCCACGGACAAGGUGCUUGCGUUCAGCGACCCCAUCUUCAACAACAUCCUCGCCAGCAUCCAGCUCGACGAGACAUCCAAAGAACCCACAGCGACAGACGCCAUUGACUUCUCCGUCAUUCGUCAGCAACAGGGAAAACGCGUUGUUGGUAUGGAAGCAAAACUCCUUGCAAAGGAAAAGGGACCCGAGCAAGUUGCUGAUCGGCGUGAACAGAUCCGUAUCAAUAAACGGUAUGAUCGCUCCAAGGCAAAACAAAUGGCACACAUAAAACGAGCAGCUGAAUCUCUUUCUGGUGCAAAUGGUGUGGGUCUUGAUCGAAUGGCUAUUAUUUCUGGAUCACAAUUACCCGUGCAGCAGUCCAAGACGACAACACCUCAGCCAAGUCGCUCUUCUACUCCUGCGCCUGGCGAUAAGCAAGUCAAGGGCAAGAAAGAGAAGGAGAAGAAAUUGACAAAGGCCGAAAAGAUCAUUGCGCAGAAUGUUGCUGCCAAGUCUGGUAAAAAAGCAGCCAAGUCAACGUCCGCCUGGGAGAAGAUCAAGCACGAAGUGGAUAGCUUCAAGAAAUUGCCAGAGCGAUUGGCAACACUUGAUCGAUACAUCAACCUCAAGGGCGAGCGCGAUAUCAAUAUUGACAAUGAGAUGCGCUUGUACCGUAUCCAGAUUCUGCUGGACAUUUGGAAGAAGGUCUGCAAAGAUGCUGCUGUUGCCAAGACAGAUACCGAAUCCAUCACCGCUGCCGUCAAGCUCUUUGACUCAAUUGCUCAAAUGUACAAGCGACCAAGCCUGACUGUGCAAAUUAAGCAGGUUCUGGAUGCUCUGCUGACAACCAUUGGCCUUGCCAAGUGCAUCACGGAUGACAAGCCUUCGCAAUCAGCAGAGAUUUCAUUCGAAUUCGACUUGCCAAAGAGCAAAUCGAGUUACUUGGUGCCCGGCACCCACAUUGAGUUCCAAAUGCUCUACUGCGGACAGUACAUGGAACGUAACAUGGACAGCAAGCCUGAUCCACGUACCUCCUUCGAGGCUGAUAAGUGGCAACGUGACGUCUUGGAUGUUGUGGACAAGCAGCAGAGUGUCUUUGUUGUGGCACCUACAUCAGCAGGAAAGACAUUCAUCUCAUUUUAUGCCAUGGAAAAAGUCUUGCGUGCAAAUGACGAAGAUAUGGUUGUUUUUGUUGCACCCUCCAAGCCGCUCGUCAACCAAAUGGCCGCCGAGAUUGAGGCACGUUAUACGAAAAAUUACAAAGUUCAAGGAGGCAAGACCGUGUGGGCCAUUCACUCUGGCGACUAUAAGAUUCACUCUCCCGAUAAGUGUCAGAUUCUUGUGACUGUGCCACAAGUCUUGCAAAAGUUGCUCUUGUCGCCUGCACAAGCCAAUAGGUGGUCUUCCAAGAUCAAAACUGUCAUCUUUGAUGAAAUUCACUCCAUUAGCGGCGACGAGGGUGUUGUGUAUGAGCAGCUCAUUACGAUGAUUCCUUCACCCAUCAUUGCGCUGUCUGCCACAGUCGGCAACCCGGAACCUUUCAGGCAAUGGCUCGCUGCUGGUCAAAAGCCACAAAACAGGGAUGUUGUGCUCAUCUACCACAACCAGCGAUACAGUGACUUGCGCAAAUUUGUGUACAUCCCCGAAGUGCAAGGCCAGGAGAUCGUCGGCAAGGGUCAGUUCAGAGACAUUCAUCCAGCAUCUGCUUUGCAUUUCGGUCCUCGUGUACUGCCUGAUGACCUUUCUCUCGAGCCACGCGAUGCAUGCAGUCUUUAUCAACACAUGCGUGCAUGCAAGACGCCUGAAUUCGAUGUCCCAGAGACGCUUGACCCGAAUACCUUCUUUGCAGACAAGAAGUUUAUUCGCAAGGCCGAUACCGUGGUGUAUCAGAAUAGGCUCAAGGAAAUCUUGACGGAAUGGCUGUCUGCGCCAGACUCGCGAUCGCCUGGAACGCCCUUCAUGAAUCUGAUGAAGGCGACCGACGGUGGUACGAGACAAUUGGUGGAUGAGGCUGUUGUCAAGUGGCGCGAAGCAGAUGCAGCAGCCAUCAAGGCCGGCAAGCCUUCCAAGGACUUUGCCACAGAGGCCAUCGUCUCAUUCGUCAAGGCCCUUGAGGCCAAAAAUCUGUUGCCUGGCUUGCUCUUCAAUUUUAAGCGUCGCGGUGUGGAGACGUACGGUGAGGCGCUCAUUUCGCAUCUUGAGGAGAAGGAACGGCAAUACCGCGAUAGCAAUGCUGCAUGGCAGGCGAAACUCAAGGACUAUGAAAAAUGGACCAAGGACGCAGACAAGCGCGCCAAGGAGAAAGAGCGUGCACUCAAGCGAUCCAAGAAGAAUACCGACAAGGAGGAAGAUGAGGAUGUGCCAGAAGAUGAACCAGGUUGGCAAGAAAACUUUGACCCAACUGCACCGGAUCCAAAGUUUUCAUUUGCGAGCUUGAAGAAUACCUUUGGCGAGCAAGAUAUGGCUGAAGAGGUAGAGAAUCUGGGCAAAUACACUGGUACGCCUGGAUGGAUGCUGCGAGGCUUGCGUCGUGGCGUGGGUGUACACCAUUCCGGUCUCAAUCGAAGGUACCGUCAGCUCGUCGAGUUGGCUUUCCGAUCUGGAUUCUUGAAGGUUGUCUUUUCCACUGCUACACUGGCGCUCGGUAUUAACAUGCCUGCCGUGUCGGCCAACUUUGUUGGUGACACUGAAGAGUUGUCUGCACUCGAGUACCGUCAAGCAGCCGGUCGUGCUGGUCGUCGUGGUUACGAUCUUCUGGGUCAUGUCGGUUUCUUGGCUGUGCCGACGGACAAGAUUGAUCGUCUCCUCGUCUCCAAGAUUCCCGACAUCGCCGGACACUUCCCAGUCACAACAACAGUCUUGUUGCGACUCUUUAAUCUUUUGAGGAACAGCAACAAUGCGCCAUUCGCAAAGCAAGUCAUUGAAGGCAUGUUUUCGAAUCCUGAGGAUCUCGCCAAUGCUGUUGCUGGUACAUCGACAACAGCGGCUCAGGUGAAGCACCAAAUUCGCUUCGCCAUUGAAUAUCUCCGUCGUGAACGUCUCUUGGAUGCUUCUGGUCAACCCAUCAACUUGUAUGCACCCGUCAGCAACUUGUACUACGAAGAACCCGCCAACCUGGCCUUUGCCGUCUUGUUGCGUGGUGGUGUCUUCCAUACGCUUUGCAAGAACUUUGACGAGCCGAAACAACAAGAUGUUGUUGCUGGCAAGUUGGUGCAGCUCCUGGCCAGUAUCUUUUGCAGGCGUCCCAUGAGGCCUGCAGAAGUCCAGCAACGUCAAAAGACACACAGCAAGGCGCAAGCCAUGAUUGCCUACCCUCCUCUUGAGGAGCUGAAUGCUACUGCUGCCAAAUGUUUGACUGAAUACGAGCAGCGAUGCUUGCGGCUGUACAAGAAUCACGCUGAUACCUUUGUCAAGCAACAUCCGGAAGUGUCUGCCAUGGAUAGCAAGUUGCCAUUGUCUGGUAAGCAAUUCGGCAAGAACUUGUCUGUCGAUGCGUUGAAGAAGGGCAAGGAUGAAUCGAGUGUAAGUGUAUUCGCAGCCAUUGGCGGUGUAUCGCAAGCUGCGUGUCCCUUGAACAAGAAAGAAGCUGCAUUGAUGGAUGUCUUUGGCAGCUCCAAAGCUGGUGUCUUUGUUGAAGGUCUUUCACCCAACCCACUCAUUGCACGCGAUGUCCCACUCAAUGCAUUCUUGUAUGAAUUUUACCAGACUGGGUCUGUGGAACGUAUCACGACUGUCCAUGGAAUUCAGAAAUCAGACGUCUGGUUCAAGCUUGCUGAUUUCAACACUGUCCUCGUGAGUAUUGUUGAGGGGCUUUCUAGUUUGCUUGGCAUUGAAGUGGAUGACUUUGCAGAUGGUGAAGGAGGUAAUGCCGAGGGUGAUGAUGAUGACGAGGAAGAUGAUGUGCCUGAACAAGCACGCGCUGCUGAACCCGUUCGACGUGCCGGUGCACUGGCCAGUUGGGAGGAACAAGAUGCGUCUUCUGAGUCUGAGUCUGAGGAGGAUGAUCUUGUUCGCAAGAAGCAGACGGGUGCCGUCAAGGCUGACACGAAGCGUGUGCUGCGUGCCGUACAGUAUGUGCAAGCUGCGUUCAAGGUACACUUUACCGCCAUGUUUGCUUAAAGUUGCUACAAGAGAAAGAAAAGAGAAAGAGAGUCUAGUCUACAAAGAAAAAGCAUUUCAUUUUGAUCAUGAUUGUCCCGUUGCAUAGAAAUCACGUCCAGAACCAGCCCAUUGCGUUGAACCCGGUUGUGCUGCUUGUGCUUGUGGAACACCG